CCUCGUUUUCUACUGUUCUACGGUUAUACUCGUUUCCUAUGACUAAAAAUCAAUUAUUAUACAAAUAACAUACAAAUUCCAUCGACAACCAUCCUCUUGUCCAGCCCGAAAGCAAAUGGCCGAUAAUCCUCUGGUAUUAGAUCCAAAGAGCGGUUUCAACUGGACAACGAAAACUUUCCACAGCCUAAGACCCCCUCUUCAUCUUCCUCCGGAGGACGCUCCUCUCUCAGUCGUUGACUACGUUUUCUCUCGCCAAACCAACUCGCCUUGGCGUGACGCAGUGGCUCUCAUCAACUCGUCCACCGGUCACCGGAUCACCUACUCUGAACUUGCCCAAUUGAUCAAAUCUUUAGCUUCCUAUCUCCAUAAUGUCACCAAACUCUCUAAAAACGAUGUCGCUUUUGUGCUCUGUCCAAACUCAGUCAAAAUUCCGAUUCUCUACUUCUCUUUACUUUCACUUGGAGUUGUUAUCUCUCCCGCUAACCCAGUCAGCACCGAGUCAGAGAUAUCCCGCCAAAUCGAUCUCUCAAAACCGGUCAUUGCAUUCGCUACGUCGGCUACUGCUCUCAAGCUUCCGAAACUGAAGCACGAGACAAUCCUAAUCGACUCUUCGGAGUUUGACUCACUGAUGACGACAUCGAUUUCAACUCUUCAACAGAGAGUUAUGGUUAAGCAAUCUGACUUGGCGGGGAUCUUGUACUCGUCGGGAACUACAGGAAAAGUCAAAGGAGUGAUGUUGACUCAUAGGAAUCUGACGGCUGUAGUUGCAGGAUUACAUUCAUUUGAGCCAGAGUCACAGGCGGUUGUGCUUUAUCCCGUCCCGUUUUUCCACAUGUAUGGAUUUUUCUAUAGUCUUAAAUCAGUGGCGUUUAGCGAGACGGUAGUGGUGAUGGAAAGGUUUGAUUUGAAGAAGAUGUUGACGGCGGUAGAGGAGUUUAAAGUGACACAACUGGCAGUGGCCCCACCGGUGGUGGUGCAGUUGGUAAAGAGCGGUUUAGCUGACGGCUAUGAUAUGAGGUCGCUUAAAGGAGUGGCUUGCGGUGGAGCUCCUCUUGGAAAGGAUAUGAUUGCAGCGUUCAUGGCGAGGUUUCCUGCGGUGGCGUUGUGGCAGGGUUAUGGAUUGACAGAAUCAGCAGGAGGAAUCUCCCGAGCAACAGGUCCUGAAGAAAUGCUGUAUUGGGGUUCAGUUGGAAGGCUUAACGGAGGUAUUGAAGCAAAAAUUGUUAGUCCUAAUACCAAUGAUGUUAUGCCUCCAGGCAAACAAGGAGAACUUUGGAUCAGAGGUCCUUUAAUAAUGAAAGGUUAUGUUGGUGACCCUGAAGCAACUUCUAGUGCUUUGCAAUCGGAUGGGUGGCUCAAAACUGGUGAUGUCUGUUAUAUCGAUGAGCAAGGUUUCGUGUUCGUGGUUGAUAGGCUUAAGGAAUUGAUAAAAUACAAAGGAUAUCAGGUUGCUCCUGCUGAACUAGAGCAAUUGCUACAAUCCCACCCUGACAUAGCUGAUGCUGCAGUUGUACCGUCUCCUGAUGAAGAUAGUGGUGAGGUGCCUAUGGCUUUUGUGGUGAAACAGUCCCACAGCAGCUUAAACGAGAGAGAUAUAAUGAAUUUUGUUGCUGAUCAGGUCGCACCUUACAAGAAAGUAAGGCGUGUAGCUUUUGUCAGCUCGAUACCUAAGAGUCCAGCAGGAAAAAUACUGAAGAAAGAUUUAAGGAAGAUGACUUUUGAAUGGCCUAAAUCCAGAAUGUAAUUAUGUAUUAUAUGGGUGUGUGUGGUGUUCAAAUACGACUAUUGAGCUUGUACUUUUUUUUUUGUUAAUAAUUAAGUUCAAAUUUGUAAUUUCAUAGCCUAUAAAUAAUUUUAGUAGCAUUGGCUUUAUUGAAAUGUACAUUCAUGUACCAAGCACAAUUCAAGAGCUAAGAUUACAUGGGAAAACAAUUAUCAAGUGUUUAUAAUCCA